GUAGCUUUCGAAGCCUACAUGCAAGGAAUGGCCGACGGUGGUAGGAAAAGGUGGGAGGACCUGUCAACCUGGUUGGUUACUUCUUCCGGUACCCAGGGGGUAUUACUAUAUUUUGCAUUGGUCACUAUCCGCUUGAAGUUGUCAAUACUACAAUACGGAACAGCGGGCACGGACGCAACAAACACUAUAAGAACGACUGGGCAGCGACGCGGCAGUCUUGGAAGAGUGGGAAAUUGCCCGCAUUCAUCCAUGGGUCGGUCCGACUUUGGUAAGAACAGUAUUGUCUUCCAGGACAUUUGCC